UUCAAUUUGCUUGAUAGCAAUUCACUUUGACCUCGACGUUCACUACUGCUCGUUGUCGUCGUCUCUCACAGCCAGGUCAGCAUGCAAAACGCAGUCGCUGGCCCAUCUCGCGCCCCGACGCCCCCGCCGCCAUCGAUAUCUGGCCCUGUCCCUCUCUUUCUCCCUCCACCAGUGCAAUAUCCCCCGGCACCGGCCCUUUUUACGAGCACUGAAGAUCUUAUAUCCCAUUUUUGCCUCCUCGAUGCCUACGACAAGUAUGUACGACCAUUCAUAUCUUCCGAUGACCAAGGUGCCAAUGCACCACCGACACCGUCCAUAUCACAUCCACUCACGCCGGGAGGCCCUCUCGACAAGGGGAAGGGGAAGGAAGUGACCGUUAACACUCCCCUCGCGCUCGCUCCACAAACGCCUGCGGCGGAUCCCCAGGAUGGCGAUGACGAUGAUCCAGGUGGCAAGGGAGAAAAGAAGAAGAAGAACAACACCUACAAGCAUCUCAUAAAGGGCACGCCUGGCAAACAUUCAAUGAAGAAGGACGACUACCUCACAUCGUUGAUCCUGGGACCAGGCAAGGAGCGCAUAAAGAUCACUCCCUUUGACCUCAAGACCCAGCGUGAGGCGUUCUCUGUCAGUGCAGAAGGGCUGAAAGGCUGGAAUCCAAACACGUUGAUUCAAGAAUCCAUUCAAGCACGAGAAGACCGGAAGAAACGGAAAGAGCUAAGACGUCUGGCAAAGGCCCAUAUCUCCGCCUCCGCUUCUCACACCCCACAGCCAACCCCGACUCCCAUUCAAGCACCUAUACCUUCUACGCCCGCCUCUUUAGCUGCACAGCGCACAGGCACCCCGCGGCCCGUAAGCGCCGUGCCCCGUCCCGGGAGUGUGAAGCCGUAUCUUCCCCCAGUGCAGGUGACGGGCCUGAAUGGAAGAACUAGUGGCGGAACGCCCCGGACAGCCACACCACACCCACUCAGUGCUCCACCGGUCAGUGCGAGUUCAUUGGCCGCACAGCAGCAGGUGCCGAGAGGGAAGAAGAGAGAACGGGAUGAUUCCGUUUCGAAUUCGAAUAAGGGAGCGCCGCCGCAGCCUCAACCUUCAAACAUUCCCCCAAAGGCCAUCAUAAACGCCAAGGCAGGUAUUCCGGGCGCACGGCCGAGACCGAUAAAAAAACAGCGAAUGGAUAUUCAAGGCCAGUCAAGAGAUACCGGCCCUAUGCAGCAGCCUACGCCACAGGGCGUUUAAUGGUGUUGUGUUAUCUUCCACCUCCAAAUUCUUCUUAAUCUUGUCAUCGCUGCAUCUAUACCUUAUUAACUUUGUCCUUACUCUUGCAUUCCGUCAUCCUGCACAUAAAACAACACCUGCAUGCAUUGUUACUCAUCAGCAAUAUACAUUCAAUUAGUUCCGUUAGACUCCCUGUUGAUGUCUUGAUAUCUCGCUUGCAAAUCUCAUCAC